UGAUCCUCUUCAUUUGACUUUCCGCAGUUGACAGAGUCGCGGGCCGCCAUCUCUUCUGCCUCUCUACAUUUGUAAGUCAGGAACAUAGCCGCGCUCAAUGAAGACCGUUAGGAGUUUGCACAAAUAUCCUCCAGUCCGCUGUACACAAGUCAGGCCUUUCGCUGCUGCUACAACAUUGCGCAAACAUCCAUUCCACCUCAGACUGACGCAGUUCCCAUCUAGAAGCCAAUCCACCAUGGCUGCCGCGUUGAAUCUCCCUAAAUGGCUCAAGGACAACUCGCAUCUCCUCAAGCCACCCAUCAACAACUACUGCGUCUAUGCCCCCUCGGCCUCUACCGGUGGUCUGACUGUCAUGGUUGUGGGUGGCCCAAAUGCUCGAACAGACUACCACAUCAACACUACACCCGAGUUCUUUUACCAGCAUAAAGGCUCCAUGCUGCUGAAGACCAUGGACACCUCAACCACACCACACACGCCCGUUGACAUUCCCAUCCACGAGAACUCGAUGUUCCUCCUACCCCCCAACACCCCUCAUAACCCUGUCCGAUUCGCGGAUACCGUGGGUGUUGUACUGGAACAACCUCGACCGGAAGACUCUGUUGACACGCUGAGGUGGUAUUGCAAAAAUUGUCAUAACGUUGUUCAUGAGGCAAGCUUUCACCUCACAGACUUGGGCACGCAGAUCAAGGAAGGUGUGCUGGCGUUUGAGAAUGAUAUGGACGCCCGGACAUGUAAGAACUGUCGCACGGUUGCAACAUCAAAACCGGCACCAGGUGAGAUUCAACAGCCUCCAAGAUUCCCAGAUGAAUGAGGAAUUCAUAUCGAUGGUCAUCCAGUCGCAGCCAUCAAGGUCUUUUCCCUUUCUUCUGCUACAUCUGCUGGAGGCAGUUCUUGUACCUUACCCUUAGCCGCCGUGAUCUGUCGCAGAACAUCUUCUGCAAUUUUGAGUGCUGCUGGAGGCAGUCCCGCCAAUUUUGCAACCUUCAACGCAUGGGAGUGUCUAUUGAUGCCCUUCUUCAAUCGGUGCAAAAACAUGAAUGAUCCAUGCUCGUCCUCAAGCACAUCAGUACAGUAGCAGCCAAGUUUUGACCAGCUCCGUGUCAUGUCUGCAAGGGCAUGAAAAUGGGUUGCGAAAAGUGUCCGGC